AUGACUUGCGAAUGUAAUGCUUAGUUAACUUUAAAUAACUAGGCCUGAUGACGUAUGUAUCCUGCAUAUGCGACCUCCGGAGGCUGCAGCCUUCGGAUUGAGAAACGGCCACUCACUGUGUUGCUGUGCUUAGUUUUGCUCAGAGACACAGGAAUCAAGCGGACGCUUACAUACUGUAGGAGCUAACGUUAAAGCUAAAGGUGCUAAAGCUACAGAGCUGAAAUGAGUUUUCUCGGGGGUCUUUUUGGUUCUGUGUGUGAUAUCGAUGUUAUUCUGAAUGAUGCUGAAAGCAGAAAAACGGCAGAGCUGAAGACAGAGGAAGGGAAAUUGGAAAAGCACUACCUGUUUUAUGAUGGAGAAUCAGUUUCAGGAAAGGUAAAUAUCAAUGUGAAACAGACAGUCAAGAGACUUGAACAUCAGGGAAUUCGCAUUGAAUUUGUAGGACAGAUUGAGCUGUUCAGUGAUAAAAGCAAUACUCAUGAGUUUGUAAACCUUGUGAAGGAGCUUGCUCUGCCUGGAGAGGUGACCCAGAACCGCAGCUAUGACUUUGAGUUCAUGCAGGUGGAAAAGCCGUACGAGUCGUAUGUUGGAGCGAAUGUGCGGCUCAGGUACUUCCUUAAAGUUACAAUUGUGAGGAGGCUGUCCGAUUUGGUGAAGGAAUAUGACCUCAUUGUCCAUCAGCUGGCAACUUACGCCGAUGUUAACAAUUCUAUCAAAAUGGAAGUGGGCAUUGAAGACUGCCUUCAUAUAGAAUUUGAAUACAAUAAGUCCAAGUAUCACCUCAAAGAUGUAAUUGUGGGUAAAAUUUAUUUCCUGCUUGUACGAAUUAAAAUCCAACACAUGGAGCUUCAGUUGAUCAAGAAAGAAAUGACAGGAAUCGGGCCAAGCACAACUACUGAGACGGAGACUGUGGCUAAAUAUGAGAUUAUGGAUGGAGCACCUGUCAAGGGUGAAUCUAUUCCCAUUCGUCUUUUCCUGGCUGGUUAUGACCUUACACCCACAAUGAGAGAUGUAAACAAAAAGUUCUCAGUGAGGUACUUUUUGAACUUGGUGCUUGUGGAUGAAGAAGAUAGGAGAUACUUCAAACAGCAGGAAAUUGUUUUGUGGAGGAAGGCACCAGAGAAAAUGCGAAAACGCAAUUUCCAUCAGCGCUACGAGUCACCUGAGCCUCGGCCAAACCUUUCUGCUGAGCAGCCUGAAAUGUAAGCAUGGUGAUGAGAGCGACCCACCAGGGAUACUUGUGCCUCUCAGUGAGCGGUCACAAGAAAGAACUACCACUGAACAUACAUACAGAUCGCUGUUCACAUGGUCGUCCCUCACAGCUUAUUGCUGAUAAACUGUGCCUGAAUUUGCUCUAUCCACCCUGCCGUCCACAGCAAGCAAUCUGUUACAAGCAUACAAGGACACUUUUUAGAAAGCACUGAAAACCAUGUCCAUCGUAUAGCACAUCUUGUUGCACGCCUCCCUAGAUGAAGAAAUGUUUUUAAAAGUGCACUCACUGGUAUCCUCUAUGUUCCACUUAGAGCAAAAACAUGUAGACCUAAAACACAUUUUAAAGAGCUUCCUCAUGCAUGUAAUGAGAAAACGCCCAGGCCAGACUGUAUUCACAAUCAGCUUUAAUGUUGUCAUACAUUUCUGUUUAACUUAUUUUGUGUCUGUGUUCUUUUUUUUUCCUUAUAUAGUCUAUAUGUGAAAAAAGUUCUGACCUUGAAAUUACAAAUAUAUAUGUCUAUAUACAGUAUAUAUAUAAAAUAUUUAAGGAGGCUUUUGCAAGAGGCUUUGUACUAGAAGCUUAAAACUAUGGCCACUUGUGUAUUUGGGUAUUUAUAUAUGCAACUUGUCAGCCCAGUUUUGGGUAACACUGGUUCAGUAGUUUAAAAGGGCAACUUGAAGUACCCGUUUAGUUUUCUGAAUUUCUUAGAUGAUUCUUCACUAAUUGAUGCUUAAUAUCAGCUACACUGCACUCAUAUUUUAUAAUGCCAACAUUUUCAGAUAGGCCAUAGAGAAUUCAUGAAAUUGUUAUAUCCCUUGCAUGUCAUUCUGCUUUAAGGUUUCUUUAAAUAAGGGUUGUUGACAAUUUUCAUUUCAGACGUGCUGCUUUUCUAUAUUUUGUGUGGGUUAUGAAGCAAAAGAAUUUAUUUAGACUCUUUCAGUGUCUGUCCCAUAGACUAAAUGAUGUAUAUUACAGGCUGUUAACUUUAACUUUUUCUUCUGCUUUGGUUUUAAAACACGCACUACAUUACUAAUAGAAAUGUUUGCAUUAAGUGACGCUAUGAAAAAGAUAUAAUGGUGAGUGUUUGCCAAGUUGUGGAGGGGAACUGUGUCAUUUGUACAUCUUGAAAAAUUGUACAUAUUCAGUCAUAGAUUGUUUAUCUGCCAAUCUGUCAAAUAAAAUGCAACUUUGUA